AUGGCUAUCGCUGGCGGCCAACGAAAACAGGUCCUCAAAGUGUUGAUGAUCUCACUCCUGCUGGACCUCAUAUCCUUCACAUUCAUCCUACCCCUCUUCCCAUCUCUCCUCUCCUUCUACCGCGCCCAAGACCCAUCCCCAACAUCCCUCCUCAACCGCAUCUUCCACUACCUCAACGCCUACAAAAAUUCCUUUGCCCGCCCCAUCGAUUCACGCUAUGACAUCGUCCUCCUCGGCGGAGCCCUAGGCUCCCUCUUCUCCCUCCUCCAAGCCAUCGCCGCCCCAAUCAUCGGCCACCUCUCCGACCGCCAUGGCCGCCGACGCGCCCUUCUAACCGCAAUGGUUGGGAAUAUCUGCAGCGUUGCGCUGUGGGUAUCUGCGACCGAUUUCCGGACAUUCCUCGCUAGUCGAGUCGUUGGCGGACUCAGCGAAGCGAAUGUUCAAUUGGCCAAUGCGAUUGUCGCGGAUGUCACGGAUGAAACGCGUCGGGGCGCGUCGAUGGCGCUGGUGGGUGCUUGUUUUAGUAUUGCGUUUACGUUUGGGCCGAUGCUUGGUGCGGCAUUGAGUACGGUGGAGAUUGUAGCGGCGAAUCCGUUUAUCGCGGCUGCGUUGGUUUCGCUGGCUUUGAUUUUUGUGGAAACGGUUUAUUUGUGGGCUUGUUUGCCGGAAACGCAUCCGCGGUUGACUAUGCUGAAGCAGGAGGAGGGUACCGAGUCUGAAGGGAAAGAGAAGACCGAGUCGAAGGGUGUGACGCCCCGUGGACACACGAAUAAUCCGGCUCUACUUAAUGCUGUUCACUUCCUCUUCCUCCUGCCAUUCUCCGGCUUGGAAUUCUCUCUGCCCUUUUUGACGGCAACGCUCUACGCUGGAACCACCACAGCUAGCCCAGCCGCUCUGAACGGCCGACUCCUUUCCUUGAUGGGUUUGAUCGCAUCGCUCCUUCAGGGUACAGUCGUCCGCCGCCUGCCUCCCUUGGUCACCGUGCGAGCCGGUGUCGUCGCCUGUGCACUCUCGUUCUUCUGUCUAGCACGUGUCUCCUCACCGUCGGGCCUCUACGCCGCAGGCGGCUUAUUGGCUGUGACGAGUGCUACAGUUGUCACCGGUCUGAAUAGCUUGGGCAGCUUUGAGGCCCGGGAUGCUGAUCGGGGAGCUGUGAUGGGUCGACUCCGUGGCUGGGGUCAGGCAGGACGUGCGACUGGCCCGAUCCUGUUUUGUACGCUGUUCUGGUGGGCUGGGCGCGAGGCGGCUUAUACCGUUGGUGGUUUGGCGAUGACUGUCGUUGCUGUGGCGGUGUUUGGUCUGUUGAAAUCGCCUUCGCUGCAUGUCAAGACGGAGUAA